GGCCGCCACCGUGCUGACAGCGACAAGCCCGACUUCCGCCCCAUCCGCCGCACAUCGUCCCGCACCAAGGGUCUCAAGGAGAACGACGGCCCGUACCACCCGUCCAAGGGCGGGUCGCCGUCCAGCAAGCGGGGCCGCAGCAACGGCAGGGGGCGGGGCGUGGGCAAGGGCAAGAUGACGCCGGGAGACAAGGGCAUGAAGGACAUGCAGGCCAUGUAUGGCGGCGGCUUCAUGGGCUACGGGUUCGACUCCAACAUGGUCGUGGCUGGCGUCCCCCUCAACAACACUGGUGGCGGGGAGCAGCUCGGCCUCCCCACCCCAAUCCAAGGCAUCCCCGUACACACACCCGGCAACCCCACCACCUCCUACGCCGCUUAUGGAGUCGACCCCACAGCAUACUACUACCACCACACCGGCGCACAGGGAUACCCCUGGGGCGCUCCAGGCGCCGCACCACCGGGCGCCGACGCAGCAGCGGCUGCUGCUGCUUGGGGGCAACAUGAGGCCUACCACGCCGCUGCCAUCGCUGGGGAGGGGGGCGAGAAGGAGGGGGGUAAAGAGGCGGCUCCGGCUGGUGCUCAGGCGGCUGGCGGUGAGGGUAUGCCGCUGCAUGCUGUCGAGGGCGAGAUGAAGCCUGAGGAGCAUGCCGCCGCACAGCAGCAAGGGCCACCGGAGGCCAAGCUGGAGAGCGAGUCCGAGCGGCCGCAGGAAGGUGCGGCGCCACUGACUACGGAGGAGGGGCAGCCGAAUGGGGAGGAGGCGUGAAGUGAACAAAACACCAAACAUAACAUGCACAGUCAGUACACAUGCCUAACUAACUAACUAACUAACUACUGUCUUCUGACCGUCCCUGCACACACACACGUACUCGUAGGCAGCUGGAUGGAUGGAUGGGUGGUCGACUGACUGUCUGAUCGCUUUCUUUUGUGGCUGGCUGGCCGGCUGGCCGAAUGUCUGUCCAGUGCCUGGAUUGGUCUGCGCCCGCUGCUUGUGUGUCGGGCGGGGCUGAAGAGUUUUCUUUUCUGGCGCUGGGUGGGCGGCCGGCCGGCUGACCAUGUAAGUAUUUUUUACCAACACGAAGACCACGAAGACCUCACUGUGUGGGUGGGUGGGGGAGAGACUGCCUGCACAGAAACGUCGAUCGCUCCUUGUCGCACACUAACGGUGAUAGCUCUGCUUCUGGCUGGCUUGUCGUACGUGACGGACAGAUGAGGCGGGCAACCCACACCCAAACAUACACCACACACCACGCACGGAUCACCACCGUGUGCCUGUCUGCUGUCCAGAACAGUCUGCCGUUUUGUUUUUGUGAAGAACCGUUGUGUGCGUGUCGAACGAGUGGAUGGAUGGAUGGAUGGCUGACUGACUGGCGGAAUGUCUGUCGAUGGUGUGGCCUGCCUUCUCCCGGUGUGUGCGUGUAAGAUAAGCUGACCUGACUUGACCUGACCGCACCUCCUCGCUCUGACUCGCUUGGUACUCACCCUCUCUCUCAUGCCAUCCAUCCAUCUAUUGGACACAGAGGACACUCUCGCACUUUUGGUCACAAAGGACCUUAGUGCGACCAUUCACCCACCCGACGCCCAUGGACUCUCUAACCAGACCUGAUAGGUGAAGCCUGUCGUCUCUUGCGUGUGUGUGUGUGUGUGCAGCUGUAUGAGACUGCUCGUUGCAUCUAUGUGUACAUUCCUCAAUCACUCAAUCCCG